AUGGCUGUUAACAUCAGCGCCGAAUUGAAAAGGGCCAAUGAGACUUCUCUUGCAUUGGACCGCGAACAGGAUGCGUUGUGGCAAGAACUCAGCAAAUACCAGAUGGCUUGCACAGAUGACUACACCGGAGAGAUACUUUUCGAGCAAGAUAGAAAGCAGACGGAAAGCAAUGAACUAAGAUAUGUCGCUUUGUCGAAAGCGCAAGCCCACAUAAAACGUCUGUUGGAAAGUAGCUCCGCCAUCUUUGAGACUGCUAAGCAUGGAAUUCAAGUUUUAUCAGACACAGUCUCAUACGCAGAAGAGGAGUUUACCGAGUACAAUAGAAGGAUUGAAGAAGUAAAAAAUAGAAAGAAGCAAGCGUUAGAAGCUGCCACAUGCUCGAUAAAACAAAACGAGACAAAGAUUGGAAACUUGCAUCAGAAAUGUUCUGGAAAGCAAGGUGAAUCAUCUGGUAUGGAAAAGCUGUCAGCAAUACUUCCUGAACUCAAGGUAUAUCCCAUCAAACUUCAGCUCUUACUCGAUUCGGAGUUCUAG